CUCUAUUUAACCUUAGGCUUUUCCUAUAUAUUUCAGUCUAUUGCAUUAAAAUUGGUAUGUAAGAUGUUCACUUGCCAGACCUGUAUACCUUAUAUUUGGAUCAACGCCUAUAAAAAAGACCCUUCAAAUUUAGAUCCAAUUGAAUAUGGUUGGCAGUUUGAAGAAGGAAAAUAUGUAUGUAAAUGGUUCGAGGGCGAUCAGUUACCAUCAUUAGUAGAUAUGAUCACUCAAGAUUCACAAGAAGAAGCAAAUACUGAAGCAGUCAAGAAGUAUAGAAGUGUUCGAAUAGUGGGAAGCCAAUCCGUCCAGAAAAUAUCAGAAGGGAAGGGAGCUUUUGAAAAAUUCGGCCCUAUAAGACUCCGAAAAGCAAAGAAGCCAAAUCCAGUCAAGCUGGAUACCAGAAACCGGGAAUUAGAAGCCCAAUCAAACAGCAGACAAGUGCAAGAAGAAAAUCCACCAGCUACCACGCUUCGGCGUGGUACAUCAAUGACUCAAGUGAAAAGUUCAGUAAAAAUGUCAAAAGUUAUAGUGAUAAAAACCAAACCCAAAAUGGCUAGCAUAAGGGGUAAAGUUGACUCACUUUCUGAUAAACUCCGUACCCAUGACAAAGCAAAAUCCCCAAUUGCACUCAACCGAUCCCUUAACUCCACCAACCAAACCCUUUCCCAAGAAAUUGACCACUUUAAAUCCCAAGCCAUCGAAAACGAUCGCACCAUCGCCCAAAAUGUGGACAAAGAACAACUACAACUUGUCAAAAACAUGGAGACAAAACUAGAAUAUGCACUGUCGGCCAACGAACAUCAGGCCAAAGAACUAGAAGCCCUAAAAAAUAAAAGUGAGUCUCCCGUUCCUUCAACUUCACAUGCAUCAUCCAGGAAAAGAAGGAAAAAAAAAUCCCCGUCAAACACCUCCUCAGGAGUAAACUCAGAAACCGAAAUAGAAGAAAUGGGAGAUGAAUCCGAGAUCGAAAUACAGACGGCUCAAAACCCUAAGGAACACUUUCCCCAAUUAAGAAAUCCUGAUCACAAAAACCCACUACUCUCCCAAAGCCCAGAACUCUCAAUACCCAGAAAUCAAAUUCCUAAAAAAACAUCAAAACCCAAUGAAACUCCUGAUAAACCAGGAGUUCCCCCAUAG